GGGGUGCGAGUAAUGGAUCGGACGAGGACGAUGUGUCGGCGUUGUUCGACAGCGGUGCGGUAUGCUAGUGGUCUACGGACCAUCGGUGUGAUCACCAAGCUGGACCUGAUGGAUGAAGGGACAGACGCACGAGACAUCCUGGAAAACAAACUACUGCCGCUCCGCAGAGGUUACAUCGGGGUGGUGAACCGCAGUCAGAAGGACAUUGAUGGAAAGAAAGACAUCCGCGCUGCUGAGAGGAAGUUCUUCCUGUCCCACCCGGGGUACAGACACAUUGCAGAAUGCAUGGGCACACCACAACUGCAGAAGACCCUCAAUCAGCAGGACUCGUCAAAACGACACGCGGAGCCGAGUGGGGUUGUAAAAACCUCAAAACUCCUACAAGAUGCAGUUAUUUCCAGCAUUCUUUAUUUGUCAUUCAUUCAAGUGAAUGCAGAAUUUAAGAGAAUCACAACAAUUAAUUUGCAAUCCAAGUUCUUCUCUUCGCUGGAUAUUCACUCUACAAGCCUGAUCGACGUGUAUACCAAGAAAGGUGGAGUUCAAGGGAAGAAGAUCAAAAGCAUCAUGCUUCCCAUAACCCAGUCAACCAGGAAUUCCAGAUUGCUGAAAGAAGCAGCGGCCGAGCUCAACAUGGAAAUACUGAAAAUAGGUCAAAUUUUCACCAUCAGAUGGGUCGCCAGCAGCUUUAAAACAGUAAAAGCUGUAUGGAAAGAUUUCCCCGCACAAGCACUCCAUUUUAAAACAUCCAGUGAGAACGCAUCACGUAAUGAUCUUGAGAGGCAAAAAUACAAGGGACUUUUCAAGCACCUAACCAACUCAGGAUUCGUGGAAGAUUUGGCUGUCAUGAAAGACAUCCUGCGUGAACUCCAGAGCCUGUCUCUCAAGCUGCAGAGAAGAGAAAUAACACUUGUGGACUCAAGUGUCCACAUCAAACAUCAAUGUGUUGACCGCCAUGAAGACGACCGGGGGGAGAUCAAGAAGAAGGCUGAACAGGGCGUCUCAUCUGGCUUUUUUAAGGACGUAGAGCUGACAGAAGGCAGGGGGAAAAUAAACAAGCCUUGUUUUUAUGAAUCGGUGGUUGCUACUCUAACCAAGCGCUUACCGGAGUCAAGCUUGGUCCAGACGCUCAAAGCUCUUGAUAAGCGCUUUUGGCCUGGAGAGCAGGAAGACUUGACUUUGUUUGGCGAACAAGAAGUGCACCGUCUGGCUAAAUCGCUGGGAGAACCAGCCGGGGAGGCCAUGGAGCAGUUUAGAGACUGGAAAUUGCAGGGCACUCCACCGGGCAAAACACUGGAACGGCUAUGCAUAGCAAGUCGCACUUACCUCCCCACGUCUGCUGAGUGCGAAAGAGGCUUUUCCGCCGUGAAUAACACCGACAACCAGAGCCGCAACAGGUUGCGCGAGGAGAGCCUGUCUUCGCUUCUGUUUGUGGACCUAAACGGACCCCCUUUGGACAAAUUCGACCCAGUGCUGUUCGUGAAAAGCUGGAUUAAAGCAGGACAUCGUCUCUCUUCUUCUUGGAAACCAGGACGGCAACGAGAAGAAGUCGAGCCAAGGCAUCUUUGGUCUAUUCUCACUUAAGAGCAUCGACAACAGCAGUCAAACGGCAAUGGCAGAGACGGUCUUCGGAAUAUUUGUCAUUCGACACGAAGGAGCAGAGCCUGGGGAUGACCCGAGAACGUUGGGAUCAUUCUGGAGGGGCUCGAAGUGCUGGAUGAGUUGGGAAACGUAUCUUUUGCGGUGGCGAUGAUGUUUGCUCUCGUGUAUGCUCUAAACUUGAGCUACCCUCCAGAGCUGAAGUUUACAUUUGAAGCACUGCAGAAAAUAAUGAUGGAGCUAGAUGGAAACCGACUAUCCACAAAAGGACAAGUUCUCAAAACAUUGCUUUCCCGUGCCUAAUAUCACUGUUUGGGAUCGCCUCAUGUUCCAAAAACACGCAGCCAUCAGAGAUUGGGUGACUCACCUCUUUGACAGAAAUGUUGAUUGUAUGCAAGAAGUAUAAAAGUAAGCAUUCAAAGUUGGCUGUAGCAUGGUUACGUGGACCUCACUGAGCAGAGGGCUGUGCGAGGAGGCAGAUGUUACCAUGUUGCCUUAUUUGGUCUACUGUUGAAACUCAAGUUUGUUAUACUGUUCACCCUAAAGUUGAAACAUUUUAAUAUUUGGGAAGAAACUGUGUUUCUUUUAAAGCUAUUUUGUGAAAUAUAUAUUCACUGUUAUAUUUAAUAACAGUGAAACCCAGUCUGCUUGUUGUUCUUAAUGGGCUUUUUGUAUUGCAUGUUCUCUAAUCUGCAUACUUAGACUGACAACAAUGACGUGAGACGUGAAUGCAUCCUCGUAUUAUAUUUCAUAUAAUAUUUGGGAAGAAACUUGUUUUUUUCAAGCAUCUGAAGCAUUGUUUCUCUUUGCCUAUUUUGUGAAAUACAACUUUAUUUCAA